AGGAGGAAUCCAAAACGAAAGUGAAAAAGAAAUCCAAAACGAAGACUUUUUCUCGGGAAACACAACCGCCGACAACUUGGGCGGAUCGGAAAAUUAUCCUUGCCUUUUUUUAUUUCGAGAGAUAUUCAGAAUAAGAAUCCCUAUAAAUCCAUGAUACCCAAAAGUUAACUACACGAUUUGGCUUGAGAUUUGUCGCGUGUUCGCAAUUUCCAAAGCAUUCUUCGGAGCUUUUCUUCUUUUUCGAUUUGGGAUUGUCGAAAUCCACUCUCUCUUUCCCAGUUAAGCUUCUUUUUUGCAUUUUUGGAGUGAGAUUUCGAAUUUGUGUGUCGAACAGAUGGAGGGUGUGGAUCAUCUUUCCCAUGAGAGGAGAAACGCCCAAUUCGACGUCGAUGAGAUGAAGAUCAUUUGGGCGGGUUCUCGUCAUGCAUUUGAAGUAUCUGAUCGAAUGUCUCGAUUAGUUGCUAAUGAUCCGGUCUUUCGAAAGGACAAUAGAGUCCAAUUGGGCAGGAAGGAGCUGUUUAAGAACACUCUCAGGAAAGCGGCUUAUGCGUGGAAGCGGAUUAUUGAGCUUAAACUUUCUGAGGAGGAAGCUGGUAGAUUAAGGUUCUUUGUGGAUGAGCCAGCAUAUACAGAUCUUCACUGGGGAAUGUUCGUUCCAUUUCUUAAAGGGCAAGGUUCUGAUGAGCAGCUACAGAAGUGGAUGCCAUUGGCGUAUAAGAUGCAAAUAAUCGGUUGCUAUGCUCAAACUGAACUCGGUCACGGUUCAAAUGUUCAAGGGCUUGAGACAACUGCAACAUUUGACCAACGGACAGAUGAAUUCAUUAUACAUAGUCCUACACUUACUUCAAGCAAAUGGUGGCCUGGGGGUCUGGGUAAGGUUUCGACACAUGCAGUUGUAUUCGCUCGUCUUAUUACCGAUGGUCAAGACUAUGGAGUGCAUGGUUUCCUAGUCCAGAUAAGGAGCUUGGACGAUCACUCAAUUCUACCAGGCAUAACCAUUGGAGAUAUUGGUAUGAAAUUUGGGAAUGCAGCUUACAAUACUAUGGAUAAUGGGGUCAUGCAAUUUGAUCACGUGCGCAUCCCGCGGAACCAAAUGUUGAUGAGGUUUUCUCAGGUUACAAGGGAAGGGAAAUAUGUGCAAUCAGAUGUUCCACGACAACUAGUUUAUGGCACUAUGGUAUUCGUGAGGAAGACGAUUGUAGUUGAUGCUUCAAAUGCCUUAUCACGUGCAGUCUGUAUUGCUACUAGGUACAGCGCUGUUCGUAGACAAUUUGGAUCACAGAAUGGUGAUGUAGAAACCCAGGUGAUUGAUUAUAAAACACAGCAAAGUAGGCUAUUCCCUUUGCUGGCUUCUGCCUAUGCUUUCAGAUUUGUCGGUGAAUGGUUACAAUGGUUAUAUACGGAUGUAACCCAAAGACUGGCAGCCAAUGAUUUCUCAACACUGCCCGAGGCGCAUGCAUGCACUGCCGGGUUGAAGUCGAUAACAACAGCUGCAACUGCUGAUGGAAUUGAGGAGUGCCGGAAGUUAUGUGGUGGCCACGGUUACCUUUGUAGCAGUGGGCUUCCUGAGUUGUUUGCAGUUUAUGUCCCUGCCUGUACUUAUGAAGGAGACAAUAUUGUGCUACUUUUACAGGUUGCACGAAUUCUCAUGAAGACUGUGGCCCAGUUGGCAUCUGGGAAGAAGCCCGUCGGGACGAUAUCUUACAUGGGACGAGCACAACAUCUGUUGGAAUGCUCUAGCAAUGUCCAGAAAGCUGAGGACUGGUUAAAGCCUAGUGUUGUUCUCGAGGCUUUCGAAGCACGGGCCACUAGGAUGUCUGUUUCAUGUGCCAAAAAACUUAGCAAGUUUACCAAUCAAGAAGAAGGUUUCCAAGAACUUUCUCCUAGUUUAGUUGAGGCUGCAGUUGCACAUUGCCAAUUGAUUGUUGUUUCCAAAUUCAUUGAGAAACUUCAAGGAGACAUACCUGGAAAGGGAGUGAAAGAUCAACUCCAAAAACUUUGCGGUAUAUAUGCUUUGUAUACACUACACAAACACUUGGGAGAUUUUCUUUCCACUUCCACCAUCACUCCCAAACAGGCCUCACUUGCUGAUGAUCUUCUCAGAUCUCUAUAUUCCCAGGUUCGGCCUAACGCAAUUGCCUUAGUCGAUGCGUUUAACUACACCGACCAUUACCUCGGCUCAAUCCUUGGCCGCUAUGAUGGGAAUGUUUACCCAAAUCUCUACGAGGCAGCAUGGAAGGAUCCUCUGAACGACUCCGCCACACCGGAUGGCUACCAUGAAUAUAUCAAACCGUUGCUUAAGCAGCAGCUCCGAAAUGCAAGGCUAUGAAGAGGGGACGCUGUGCUGAAUUGUUAUGCCCUUGAUAAUUGUAAUAAAAGCAUGGAUUGAGAUUGGUAUUUUAUACUGCUGUAUGGUUUAGCAUUAUUCUUAAUCGAAUUGUUGAUGAUCAAUUAAAGUUUCUAUCUUCUCUUUU